GAAUGUGGCAGGGUUGCAACCAUGGAGCAUCCCAAUUAGCACCCCUUCUUGCCAAAGACCAACACCGUUUAUGUGCGCCAAUGGUCAUCACCAAAGUCAUCCAAUGUGCUUCAUUUGCCACCCAACAUCCACAAAGGAUUCUUAUCUUGAACAAGCUGCCUCAAAACUAAUUGAAAGCAAAACACCAACAGCUUCGGAAGCAUUCAGCAAGCUAACUCUUGAAGAUCAAAGUGCUCCAAAAGUGGAAGAAAUUAAUAAAAUGGCAACAUGCAUGCAAGCAUUCAACAGCAUUGUUGUUGUAGAAAUGGAGGAAAGAGAAACACCUGCAUUAAGUUUGAACAAUGACUUAAGGCAAAUGCAAUGGCUUGAAUUACAGCAACUACUUCAACGUCUGGAACGUGUGGCUAUUGCUCACAAGAUGAUGGUGAGAGUUGAUGGGGGUGUGAUGUUUAGUUCUAAUUUUAUUAAUAGUUUCAAAAGACUUGAGAACAAAACUCUGGAUCCAAUGAGUUUGAUUGAAGAGUUAUCUAGACGUGUGGUAAACGUUUCUCUUACUCCUGAUCAGCAGAGAAUUUAUUUAGAUGAAGUAAAACGUCCAAUGGAGAGGAGAGCUAAUUAUGGGGAUGGUUUCUGGUUUGGACCAAUUUUAUUUCAACGCUUCAAAAGAGUUAAGAAGAAAAUUCCUUUUGCAUUUGGACAAAACUCAUGUGGUGAAAGCAGAAGGAUAAGGAGGAACGAUAUCAAAAGAAGAUAAGAUAGAUCAAUUGGGUCUCGUUACCAAACUCUUAUUAGUUUUUUUUUAGGUUUAUUUAAGUUGUUUAGUGGUUUUUGUUUUGUUUUAUUUUAUUUUUUUUAAUAGACAAUUAAUUAUCUAGGUAAAUUCUUCAAUUUUAGAAUGGUUUAUCCACUUAAAAAAAAUUGAUAAAAAGCAUCGUUAAGCCCAACACAAGCACGCUCAUUCUUCCUAAUAAGUUCAAGUACAGCUAAUUAGCUAUGAGCCAUUUGAUUCUUUUUUUCAAAAAUGUUUAGUGAGGAUGGAUGAUAUCUUGGUUGUAAAUCUUGG